AUGGAAACUCUCGUAAGCUACGGCGUUACCUACCUAUUAACGAAUAACUCUACCCUAGCAACCGUCGUUGCGGCUGUCUACGGACUCUUCCUCAAAUCAUCCACGAAUCGUCUCUCUGUCUCCGCGAUUCUACUAUGUCAAUCACCAGAAUACUCCUUAACCAAGUCGGAUAUCGACGAAUUUUUAUCCAGGUCGUACGGAAGAGAUAACCGUGAGUGGUCAUGUACGCGUACCACUAUUGACGAAAAUUACGAAGGACCAGCACAGACAGCUGUUCAUAUUAAUCUUGAGCACGAAAGCAUGCUGUACGAUGACUCACUUCGUGAGCUUCCCAUUCGUCAACUAUGCAGUAAGCUCGUUGGCUUGCAUACAUUCAAAGAACACCGCUUCCGCAUCGUGCCUGAUCGUGCUGGCGAGGAUCUAGAUGACAUCGGUCAGCUUUUUGGUAGCUGUUUGGUACUGAUGCAUUUAAAGGAUAUAUAUGAACGAUGCUCUGGGGAUGAUUUGGGUGACGAUGGAUGCUACUCUGAGGGGAGGUUUAUUAGUCUGUUUCAGAAGUUCGCAGACGAGUACGGAGAGUAUAUCGAGUCUCUGUCAGAUGCAAAGGUCUUUGAGAUUCUUGGGGACAUUGAUGAUCCUAAGUUCGGGAGGAUGCUCAAUGAGCUUAGAAAACGGCUUACGAAGAGGACGUUGAGGAACUGA